CAGGCGAGUCCCUCCUGUAAUGGGGUUCCUCGGAGUUUUGCCAAUCCUGAUACUAUUCAUUCUCUUGAGGGGUGUCCAGGAACCUGGGCUGGUGGAGGCAUUCUUUCUAAGUAAGUAUCAAAGUAAGUAUCAAGGCAAGAACUUCCCUCCUUUGGUGAUGGUGUCCUGGCCCUGGGAAGGGAGGGCUCCAGCCCCUUCAAGGUUCCAGGUGAGUAUAUCCUUUUGUCCCUCAGGGCAUUGUCCCCGAAACAGGGUAAGAUGUGAAAUACAAGAAAGAGACCUAUGUACGAACAGCAGAGAUUGCCCAAAGAAGAUGAAAUGUUGCCAGUUUAGCUGUGGAAAGAAAUGUUUAGAUAUCGACAAAGGUAACUCACCAAUCCCCUGGGUUAUCUGACACC